CGUCGCAAAUAUGGCGGUAAUCCUAUCAGCUGAUAGCAUCCGCCGCUAGGAUGACGGUCCGCAUUUUGGUUAAUCGGGUUAGAUCGCAAUAGUUAUCUCCCCUUCUCCCCACGUCGCCGAGACGCGGUCGGCUGCGCGUGUUGGCCUGCCUACGUUUCACGUUAUACGUUACGCGUGUGACAAUACGUGUGAUCCGGAUGACGCAUCGACGACGAUGCUAAUGCAUUCCCCGUACGCUGGCACGUAUACGUAUAGCCGGGAGCAACCGAGAACGUGCACGCGUCGCUGACAAGGAAGGAAGCCAGUACUCGGGAAUGUCGCAAGGUAGAUAAGGAUAAGUCGUCCGUCGGCUCGACUAGAGAUAUCCGACCUGACCCGAGUUAGCAGUAGGAUAACCGGAGAGAGAGAGAGAGCGAGCGAGGUCCGUUUUGAGAUCCUCGCGGGGCGGGAUCGUCGUCGCGCGAGCGAGCAAUCUGUGAUGAGCGACUCCGAACAACGGCAACUGCACGUGCCUUACCGAGAGUAUCAUAGUCAGAACAAUACCAGCCCCGCCACCGUCGCCGCCACCACUGCUGCCGCUGCCGCUCUGGUGGAGACCGAUGCGCUGGUGGAUCUGUCCAUCGCGCCUGUCAGCAGCAGCAGCAGCAGCAGCCACCACCACCACCAGCGUCUGUCGUCGCAGAACGAUCAGCCGCCGUCGCCAGCUGAUCUGCUGCCGGACGUCGAGUUCAUUCCCGGUUUGAGCAACGACCAAACUCUAGCCAUAGAUUCCUCCGGGAUCGACCGGGAGAGCCAGCCUCUCCUCGGUCGCUUGGAGCUCGACGUUACGUUCAACAGAUUUCCAGAUGAUCCGCAGUUCUCGGAAUUGGUAUGGCAGGCUGAGUGCGCGAUAGACAAUGGGGUUUACCCAGAGAGGAUAUAUCAGGGUUCCAGUGGAAGUUACUUUGUUAAAAAUCCAGCGGGGAAAAUUAUAGGUGUGUUCAAGCCAAAAGACGAGGAGCCAUAUGGCAGGUUGAAUCCAAAAUGGACAAAAUGGAUGCACAAGCUCUGCUGCCCGUGUUGCUUCGGCAGGAGUUGCUUGAUCCCGAAUCAAGGAUAUCUAAGCGAGGCGGGCGCUAGUUUGGUCGAUCGCAAAUUGGGCCUCGGUAUCGUGCCGAAUACUAGAGUGGUUAAACUCGUCAGCGAAGUAUUCAAUUAUCCUCGCCUGGAUCGUCAGAAGGCGCGCAUGAAGCAGGCCAUCAUGGACCAGUUCCCUACAGUAGGAUCGCAUUUCAAUCGCAUCGGCCUACCACCGAAAGUCGGUUCUUUCCAAGUCUUUGUGGAUGGUUACAAGGACGCCGACUAUUGGUUGAGGCGAUGGGAGAACGAGUCCAUGCCAGCGCGGCUAAGUCGGGAAUUCCAACUUCAAUUCGAGCGUUUAGUCAUUCUGGAUUAUAUCAUCAGAAACACAGACAGGGGUAACGAUAAUUGGUUGAUCAAAUACGAUACUAGCGUUAGUAAGAACGGAUCUGAGCAGGGUGAGGUGAAAAUCGCGGCGAUUGACAAUGGCCUGGCUUUCCCCUUUAAACAUCCAGAUUCUUGGAGGGCAUACCCUUAUCACUGGGCAUGGCUAACUCAGGCGAAACAACCAUUUAGCGAAAUUACGAGAGAGUUAGUUUUACCACAACUGUCAGAUCAGAAUUUUGUACAGGAUCUCUGUGACGACCUGUAUCAGUUGUUCAAACAAGAUAAAGGCUUUGAUCGGCAUCACUUUGAUAGGCAAAUGAGCGUAAUGCGCGGUCAGAUUUUGAAUCUACAACAGGCUCUGAAGGACGCCAAAAGUCCCGUUCAACUGGUACAAAUGCCGGCUGUAAUCGUAGAAAAGGCCAAAGGAAACGGCGCUCCCAGGUUAUUUUCAUUCUCUGACACGUUUACUCAGCGCUUCCAGAACAAGAGUCCGUUCUUCUCCUGGUGUUGAAAACAAGAAUUCACGAUUUGAAUCGAGUGCUCGUGAAUAAGUGUCAGUGGUAUCAGUGAUAUCAGUGUCAGUCAUAUUGUUCUGUCCACCGUGGAAAAUAUUAUUACUUAUUUUUCUAAGUUUAUCCUAUACCUCUACCUCUCUUUUUUAAGUUUUAUUUCGGUGGCUGCAGAUCAAUCAAGGAGGACGCAAGAUUCUUUUUAGACUGUCGUGUAUUUAUAAUUUUUCUUUUUCUUCUCUCUCUUUCUCAGUUAAAUUGGGAUAUAAGAUAUUCGUACGACUAUAUUGUAUACAGUAAAUAUAUAUAUAUAACGUU